CGUUGACAGAUUUCGAGAUUUUGACAGACAGAAUUGGCAUGAACUGUAAUAAGAUUUAUUUAGAUUAAUUUCAGAAAUCGUAAAAUUUGGAUUCUAUGUUGUUUACUAUUAAAUAGUUAAAUGGCAUCGUCUCGUAUCCAGGCAACUGUGCGCCAGCUUUCCAAUACAUUUAAGAAGAAAAGUAGAUUUGACAUUGGUAUUGCAUCGGAAUUACCACCAGCAUAUAAAAAGUUUUGGCGUGAAUGGAAAGUGCUAAAGCCUGCAGCAGUGCACUUCAUCCCUCAAGAGAGUAAAUGGAAACGUGACGAGAUAACUGGUGAAACUCUACCCGUGCAGAAUGUUCCUUUACCCCUCAAACAUCCAGUUGAGUUGCACGAGGGCAUAUGGGGAGGAGAAGCUGUGAUCAAAGGUUUUCAAAAGCGCAGUGAGCAAAGGCGUAGAGUGCCUCACUAUUGGGUGCCAGUGCUAAAGAGAACUGUUGUCCGCUCUGAAGUAUUGAACACUCAUCUUUCUGUGACUGUUACUGACAGAACUAUUAAUUUAAUUAAUGAUCAUUAUGGAUUUGAUCAUUAUUUGCUCAAGACUCCAGCUUGUGAUCUUGUGUCGAUGCUCGCACUGAAGCUUAAGAAGCAAAUUCUGAUAGAGUUAAUGAAUGGAUGCCCGAGACAUGCCAACAAUCCACAGAAGCAAAAGGAAAUAUAUGAAGAAUAUAAGACCUAUUUGUCUUCAUAUACACCCGAAGAGAUAGAGUGGUAUGGACUAACCUGGUAUGAAGCACUAUCUAAAGUAGCCAAACAAAAAGAAGCCCAAAAUAAACCCGUUCCUUUAAAAAAUAUAUACCGUAAGAAGUUAGUUGAGAAAUUAAAAGCUUCUGAAACUGAGAAUAAAAAUGAUGCCACGGAAGAAAUUUCGACAACUACAUCAUGGCUGUCAAAAAUGAAUCCUUUUGGUAAAAAAGAUGAAGCAUAGAAUUUUUUGUAGCUAUUUGUGUUGUUAGCUGUUUCAAAUAAUAUUGUGUUAUAGAAAAAUGUAAUAAAAAUAUAGAUAGUGGAGUCCAAUGGUGUUUUUAUUUUUAUUAACACUUAAGGAUU